GAGGGGGCGGGUUUUGUUUUCGCUUCGGUCCCUCACAAUAUUUUUACCCGAAGGAGAGAGUGAGGAGGCCAUCGUAGCGGAAUAAACGAGGUGUUAGUUCAGAAGACAAAACUGGAUUAUCCUUGUGAAAGAGAAGAUUCAACGAUGGAGCCUGUCCAUAUUAAAAAGGAGAGUCCUGUACUAGAAUCAGUCCAUAUUAAAGAGGAGAGUCCUGUACUAGAAUCAGUCCAUAUUAAAGAGGAGAGUCCUGUACUGGAAUCAGUCCAUAUUAAAAAGGUUAUUCUCAAUUCUAAACCCUUAAGCAGCUUGCAGGGCUCUCUUCCCUGUCCUGGAUGUGGGGAGAGUUUUAAUCCUGAAGGAAACCUUGAAACAUCUCCUGGAAAGACUCUGCAUCGCUGUGCUGGAUGUGUGAAGACUUUCAGGGAGUCAGGAAUUCUGAAUGGACAGCAGCAAACAGGCACUGGAAAGACUCCAUAUAACUGUCAUGAAUGCGGGGCAGAUUUCAGACACCACAGCACCGUGAAACACCACUUGCGAGUUCUGAAGGUACAGCUGGGUUAUCCUUGUGAAAGGCAGGAUUCAGAGAUGGAGCCUGUCCACAUUAAAGAGGAGCUUCCUGAACUAGACCCUGUCCAUGUUAAAGAGGAGGGUAACCAUUUUAAAACAAGCAGCUUGCAGGGCUCUCUGUCCUGUACAGAAUGUGGAAAGAGUUUCAGACAGUUAAAAAACCUGAAACUUCACCAGUUAAUCCACACUGGAGAGAAACGACAUGUCUGUGCUGACUGUGGGAAGAGUUUCAGUCAGUUAGGCAACUUGAAAAGACACCAGCGAAUCCACACAGGAGAGAAACUGUAUCUGUGUAGUAAAUGUGGGAAAAGUUUCAAUCAGUUAGCACAUCUUAAAAACCACAAGCGAAUUCACAUAGGAGAUAAACGACAUGUCUGUGCUGACUGUGGGAAGAGUUUCAGUGAUUCAAGCAACUUGAAAAGACACCAGCGAAUUCACACAGGACAUAAACCAUAUCUGUGUAGUAAAUGUGGGAACAGUUUCAAUCAGUUAGCACAUCUUAAAAAGCACCAGUUAAUCCACACAGGAGAGAAGCCAUAUCACUGUGCUGACUGUGGGAAGAGCUUCAGACAGUCAACCUGUUUGAAAAAACACCAGCGAAUUCACACUGGAGAGAAACCGUAUGACUGUGAUGACUGUGGGAAGAGUUUCAGAGAUUUCCAAAACCUGAAAUCUCACCAGCGAAUCCACACUGGAGAGAAACCACAUGUCUGUGCUGACUGUGGGAAGAGUUUCAGUCAGUUAAGAAAUUUGAAAUACCACCAGUUAAUUCACACAGGAGAGAAUUUACAUCACUGUAAUGACUGUGGGAAGAGUUUCGGAUGGCUAUACAGCUUGAAAAGGCAUCAGCUAUGCCACUCAGCAGAGAAACCUCGUCACUGCCAUCACUGUGGGAAGUCUUUUAUGGCCUCUGGUUCUGUUAAAAGACACAAAUGCAAGUUGUGAAAGUUUAGGCAGAAUGUGAGAGUGUGUUCAUUCACCCGCACUCAGAAAUUCCAGUCUUUUUCAACAGCAGCUUAAUAUAAAAACUGUGAGAACUCUGGUGAAUGUCUACGGAUGAUACAGAUUCAUCGAUAUUAAACACAGUGCUCUGAAGCCGUUACAUUAUAAAGUACAUUCUUAGUAUGCAAUCCAUUGAAUAUACAGACGCCUCGGAGCAUUGUGUGAUACGAGGUGAAGCCGAGUGCCUCCAACCCCUGAGAAGUCUGUAUAUUCAACGUAUACGCCGUGGGAGAAAGUCAUAGUUGUAAUUGAAUGUACUUUAUAAAAUGACAUUUCAAAUCUUAAACUAUGAGGCUUAAGAUGCUGUGAUGUUAAUUAAGUGUGUCUUCCCCCAACCUUCUCCCAUAACACUCGAGAUCUGCUUCAAAGGACUGGAUAUUAGUAACAGAGGGUCGUAAAGAUUUAAAUUGGUUUUAGUUUAGCUUACCUGCUGUUUCUUCAUGGCUGACUAAUCUGUUAAUUAAGAAUGCCUGUUUGAAAGCCAAUGUGCAAUGUUCUUCCUAUAAAGGGUUGAGAAGUGCGACACCUGGUGGAUACGAGGUGCCAUGACUUUCAAUCCAUAAAAUGAAUUGUUACCAUGAAACAUGGAAUGUUUAAGUGAAUAGAAAUUCCUAAUCUCUUUAUUCUAAAAGUUAAUUGAUAAACAGACCUUCACGAGGGUGUAAUAUUAACUUGUGGAACAAUCUCAGGGUUUUAGAUUUACUGAAACUAUCAGAUUGAAACGUAACAAAUAAGUAAAAACCUAACUGAUUUAAACUGGUUUUAGAAGCAUUUUAACAAAUCUUGCAGAUGCAAGUUUAAAUAUAUUUUCCUAAUAUAUUGAAAUGUUGAUGCAGUUUAAAGUGUGUUUUAAUUAAGUUAAAGUGUAAAAAAUUAUUAGUUUUACUUUAAUUAUUUUAUAACGUGUUUAAUAUGCUUGUAACGGUAAUUUAGUUCGGAGAAUGAAACUGACAUGUUUAUCCUUCUGUGAUCAAUAUAACUAGCUAGCACAAAAUGAAGUUUUGUUCUGUAGAUGUUUCGAAUCUUGUUAUCUCUCUUUCUCUCUCCAUGGAGGAGGGUGACUCACUGUAUUAAUGACGCACAUUGCUUGUGUAAAAUGAAGCGUCAUGCAAACUUUGUAAGCCAAUGAAAGGGCUGAUUUCGGUCAGGGAUUAGCUUCCUGUUUUACCAGGAAGUGAUUGAAUCACCAAAGUAAACUCCUCUUUAAUCUUGAACUCUUGGAUUUGGACUCAUCCUGAAGAAGACUCCUCGCCGCUACAUCCUGCAACUCUACAUGUUACAAAGAAGACCAACUGCAUUCCAACAAGGACCACGUCUCCAGAAUAAGUGUUACGAUUCAAAGACUUUAAAAUUCAAGUAAAAUACGCUAAGAUUAAAAAUACAAACAAUUCUACUCUGAACAAUUGAAAGAAGAUAAGACUUUAACUGAACUGGUGCUAUUGUGUGCAUUUGAAAACAAUGUGAAUGUCUGAACCAUUUAAACAUUGAUUGAGUUUAUCUACAAGUUCUGAAGUAACUCUAGAAUACAACUUCAUACUAAAUGCAAUUGAAGCUGCUUCCCAACUGAACGUGUUGAAACAAAAGUGCCGUCUUCAUUCGAACCCACACAACAGACGCUGCUUCACCCCGUCACUGUGUGUAAUGUGCGUGAAUCCUGCGUGUGCUUGUACGGAAACAUACAGAAGACAGCGUGCUCAUGAAAACAUGUGUUUCCAUGUUUGAUUCCUGCUUGUGUGUAUACUUAUAAUUCUGAUACCAUGAUUUACAACUUCUAUAUUCUUACUUUUGUGAGUCUUAAUAAACUUAAUCAUUUUUA